UUGAUGUAGAAUUUGGGUCUAUUUGGUCUAUCUUGACUAUAUAUGCCAUACUAGCAUCUAUCUACCUCAAAAUAGUAUAAUAUCUGACCUCAAAGGUCAGAAAGUACCUUCGACAAAGCCGGACUUCAAGGCCUAAACCACAAAAAACCAAAGAUCCAUGGACCAUAUGAGCCUCAAACUAAAUCAAAAUACCUCAGACCCGAGUAUGUAAGACACAAAAAGUCGAACAACUCAAGCCGUAUAGGCAAUAGUCCAUGGAUCUUGGAUGGAAUCCAGACGUUAACCAACUCCAGCUCAAACCGAGCGACCAGACCAAAACCAGCCCUCUGAGUCUCUCAGGUCAGACAAACCAUGACCAAAGCAAGGAAUUGAGCAUGCCUGACCCGAGAAUUCAACAUGCAAAAAGUCACGCACAAAAAAUGCCUCAAAUCAAGUCGAAAAAGGAAGAAAAUCGACGAGCACAGUAGGACAUGGCAGAAUAAUCGGUUGCCUCGAGUUGUGAUUCGGGACCAAAAGUAGCAUGCUAGACACGGAAGGUCAAAUCAGUCAAAGAGUCGGGAGAGGGCGAGGGCGAGGGCGAGAAGGGGGGCUGGCGAAAUCAACCGGCUGCGAGAGACGCGUCGAGUGAUUUGGCGGCAAAACAAG